AUGAGUUCGUCAAGAUCGUUUCUCCAGGCGUUUCGUCCUUUUUGCAACAAUCUAUCGCUUCGCGGAUACAAAGCGGCCGUUGUUACAGAAAUUGGCAAGCCUCUAGAAGUUAGAGAUCUUCCUUCAAAGGAGCCAGGCCCCAAUGAGCUUGUCGUUGAAGUAGAAAGCUGUGGUUUCAACUAUGGAGAUUGGAAAAUGAUUAAAGGAAUGUAUCAUUUGAAGCCAAAGAGACCAUUUGUACCAGGCUUUGAGCUGGCUGGCAAUGUUAAAAAAGUCGGUGAAAAGGUGCAAAAAUGGAAAGCCGGUGACCGGGUUUUGGUGUUACGGAGACAUGGAACGGGCGGUUUUGCCGAAGAAUGCAUUGUUAAGGAACACGAUUUGAUUUACAACUUACCGUUUUCUAUCAAUUACGAGACAGCGGCAGCUGUAGCAGUCACCUAUGGAACAGCCUAUGUUUCUUUGGCAAAUAUGGCUCGUGAAAGACAGGGGAGUUCUGUUCUGGUCCUCUCCGCUCGUGGUACUAUGGGAUUUGCUGCAAUUGAUCUAGCUCAAAACGUUUUUGCUGCUCAACGAACGAUCAACUGGGAGAAAGAAGAUUUGGUUAAGGUGAUUCGCAAAGAUACUUUCAAUGAAGGUGUAGACGUGGUUGUCGAUACUGUUGGUGGAAAAGUCUUUCACACAGCUUUGGAAUCGCUGAAGAAAGGUGGUCAUUUGGUCUCGCUCUCGUUUGCAUCUGGCGAAAUUCCUUCAGUCUCAUUGUUAGAUCUACAUCGGUUACAAGCAACUGUAACAGGUGUGUGGUUGGGUGGACGAACGGCUUCUGAAAUUGAUGCGAUAAUGUCGACGAUUAUUGGACUUUUUGACGAAGGCUACUUGAGUGCUCGAAUAGAAGCUAAAUAUGGUCUCGAUCAGAUGUUAAGGAGGUUAUGCACGAAAACAAUAUGCACAAGGCGAUUGUGGGAGCCUGGCACCUCGUCUCUAGAGUUUUACGUUUUGACGGCAAAACCAAAUCAACUCCAAGUCAGAUGCCAUUCAAGAUUUGUGAUUUCCAUGGAGAAAGCUUUGAAUCAUCUUGAGAAUAUCGUUUACGCUAGACAAGCUCGAAAUGGAGACCGAUUAAAAAACGCACAACGGUUACGAAGUCAGAAACGAGACGAGCAAAACGAAAAAACGACUUCUGAAUCCGAAGAAUCGAGCGAUAAUAAAGACAAGGAGGAGAACGAGCAAGAGAAAAAAGCCGAGGAAAUGGCGAGGAAAAUAUCAAGGUUAUUUGCGGUCGCCCUUUUCUGUGCGGGCAUUCUCUACAUGAUCAACUCAUCGGGUGAUAUUGGGAACAGUGUCGAUGAAAUUUCGUGGACCACAUUCACCGAGCAGAUGUUACCAACAAAAGCGAUACGAGAGAUUGUCCUUCGAGCCGCUGAAGCCGCUCUAAACAUGCCGCCCGAAUAUUGGAUUCCCGUCAAAUAUAAACGGCUUGAUGAGAUAAGUUCAACCUUAAAUCUGAUAUUUCUUGGUCUGCUUUUUGCUACCGGAUAUUAUAUCUUCAAGAAGGCCAAAUUUUCAAUUAAUAUGACGGACAUGAUGGGCCAAAUGACGAAACAAAAAUUAAACAUCAUCGAUCCCCACUCUCCAGAUGGCAAGAAAGCUCUAAAGAUAAAAUUCAAAGAUGUGGCAGGGUGUCAUGAAGCCAAAGUUGAAAUCAAAGAAUUUGUCGACUACUUGAAGAACUCGAGCAAGUAUACGCACGAGCUUUGGCCGCUGAGCACGGUUCCCUUCAUCUCGAUGAAUGGAACGGAGUUUGUAGAAAUGAUUGGAGGUCUUGGUGCAUCGAGAAUACGAGGAUUGUUUAAAGAAGCAAAACAACGUGCACCGUGUAUCAUCUAUAUUGACGAAAUCGAUGCAAUUGGGCGGAAACGGAGCGAAGCUGGAGGGAAAAACGGGUUUGCCGGUUCUUCCGAAGAGGAGCAGACAUUAAACCAACUUCUCGUAGAAAUGGAUGGAAUGGAUUCAGCCAAAGGAGUUGUCGUCUUGGCUUCAACGAAUAGACCUGAUGUUCUUGAUAAGGCUUUAUUGAGAAGAGGUCGUUUUGAUCGCCAUGUCUCCAUUGAUCUCCCUACUGUUGCUGAACGGAAAGAGAUGUUCGAGCUCUAUCUCAAGAAAAUCAAGACCGAUUUCGCCUCGACUAAGUACUCGGAACGACUUGCGCAAAUGACACCUGGAUUUUCUGGAGCCGAUAUUCGAAAUGCUGUCAAUGAGGCAGCAAUUAAGGCCGCCACCGAUAAUUUGUUGCAGGUGUCCGUCAAAGAAAUGGAGUAUGCAAUGGACAAGAUUAUUGCAGGGCCUGCAAAACGCUCUCGUACACUGGUAAAAGAAGAGCGAGCAACAGUUGCAUAUCAUGAGGCUGGACAUGCUCUUGUCGGAUGGAUGCUUGAACACACGGAUGCUCUUCUCAAGGUUACGAUUAUUCCGCGAACAUCAGCUGCCCUUGGCUUUGCUCAAUAUUGCCCAAGGGACAAAAAGCUGUUUACAAAAGAAGAGCUUUUUGAGAGAAUGUGCAUGAUGCUAGGCGGACGAGCUGCCGAGAAUCUCAAGUUCGGUCGAAUAACAACAGGAGCUCAAAAUGAUCUUGAAAAGGUGACGAAAAGCGCAAUGGCUCAAGUAAAGAAUUAUGGAUUUUCGCCGAUCAUUGGGCCACUUUCGUUUGCGGUGCAAGAUGAGAGAGCCGCCUCGUUUUAUGAAAAACCCUACAGUCAGAAAUUACAGGCGACUAUUGAUCAGGAAGCAUCAUUGCUUGUUGGACAAGCGUAUCGAGCAACUGAAGAGCUUAUUCAGAAGAACAUUGACAAACUGGAAUUGAUUGCACAAAGUCUACUAAAACAUGAGGUUCUUUCGUAUGAAGAUGUGAAGAAGUUGAUUGGACCCCCGCCGUUCGGAGAAAAACAGGUGGUCGAUCUCGUCGAGAACAGUCUACCGAAAGACGGUGAA